CCUCGGUGGCAGCGGCAAGGGGGAGGUGAUGCCCCGUUACUAUGAGGACAAGCCGGAGGAUGACGGCGCAUGCGCCGGGGUGAAGGAGGAUCUGGGGGCGUGCCUACUGCAGUCGGACUGUGUGCUCAAGGAAGGAAAAACUCCUCGACAGUGUUUAAAGGAAGGAAAUUGCGCAGCUUUGAAAUACUCAUUUUUUGAAUGCAAAAGGUCAAUGUUGGAUGCCAGAUCAAGAUUCAGAGGAAGAAAAGGAUAUUGACGCUUUUCUCUUAGAACCAAGAUUAAAACAACAUGGAUUCAUCUGUAUGGUGAAUGAGGCCAAUUAUUAAAAAGCAUGCCUAUAUUUUUACCUCAUACAUUCAGUUGAAUAACUUUGUGAUUCUUUUUUAAGAGAAAACAGAGAUGAAUCCUGCUAUUUAAAUAUGGACAGAAAUUGAUCUGUUAAAUUGUUCUUAUAUAAGAGUAUUAAUUUGUAUUAAGAUGUAAGUUAUGCAUAUAAUAAAUUUAAAAAAUAUUCUAAACAUUAAUUUUUAGAAAAUUUAUUCACUAAUCAAAUGACACGGACUAGAAUUUUUUCCUAAUAAUACUGACUAGGUCACUAAUGUGAUUGAGGCUGCAAACAUAACUUGGAACUUGGUAAGAAAAUAUGUAAAGUUUGCUUAAUUAAAACAUUCUUUUGUCCCCAA